UAACAUUGAUAACAAAUAUCAAAAUCUCGCCUUUUUUUUCUUCUCGAUAAUUAUGUUAAAUCAUGCCAAAAGUUAAACCUAAAUUAAAAACUUCAUUAUUAAAACUUCAGCAAGAGAAAAAAUAUCGAGAUAAAAUAAAUUCAUUAUCAUCAACUCCAUAUUCAAAACCAAAAAAUAAGAAUAAAACAACUUUUAUUAAACCACCACCACCACCACCGUAUAAACCUGAAGAUAAAAUAUUGUUGUUAGGAGAAGGAAAUUUUAGUUUUGCACAUUCAUUAGCUAAAAAUAUUCUUCAAACAGGUCAUUUUAUUACAGCGACGUGUUUAGAUUCUAAGAAAACUUUAAAUAAGAAAUAUGAAGAUGCAAAAGAUCAUAUAAAAUCUUUUACUGAAUAUGGUGGUCAAAUAAUUUAUGAGGUUGAUGCCACACAAUUAGAAAAAUGUAAAUUAUUAAAGGACAAAAGAUUUGAUAAAAUCGUAUUCAAUUUUCCUCAUGCGGGAUUGGGAAUAAAAGAUCAAGAUAGAAAUAUAUUAUCAAAUCAAAAAUUAUUGCAAGCAUUUUUUAAUUCGGCUAUACCAUUUUUAUCAUCAAAGUCUCUUUAUUCAGAUAUAAAUGAUGGCGAAAUACAUGUAACAAUGAAAACAGUUGAACCAUAUAAUCAAUGGAAUAUAAAACAAUUGGCUAAAUCAACAGGUCAAUUAGCAAUUAAGGAAUCAAUUGAUUUUAUACCAGAUCAAUAUCCUGGUUAUGAACAUAGAAGAACUUUAGGUUAUCAGAAAGGAAAGAGCAAAAAUUCUAAUGAUGAAAUUUUAUCCAAAAAACCAAAAACUAUUAUCAUUUGUAGAAAGGAAUCGUUGGAAUUAGAGAAAUUACAAAAAGAGGCUGCCAAGAAUGAUGAUGAUGAUGAUGAUGAUGGAAAACCAAGUGUGAAAAAUAAGAAAAAAAAAAAUAUGGGAAAAAAGGUUAAAUUUAAUUUGAAUAAUUUUUAAUAAUGAUUAUAUUUGCUUCUUAUAAAUAAAUUCCUAUUAUUACCAAUUAAGAAUUUAAUAUAUUUAAAAUAAUAUGUUGAUAAAUAAUAUUCAAUACGUAAUUAUUUAAACUGGAUCAUAAGUUUUAUGCGAAAUUUUUAGUCUAUUUGACUAUUAGUAAACCGAAUUUUUUUGCCAUAAAUCAACAAAUUUUAAACUUUCAAAUUUAUUGAAAGAACAAUUAUAAUUAUAUUCUAUAAACAUUGCCAAACCUAUGCUCUUUUAAAUAUUCUCCACCAUAUUCUUGAUAUUCUUGACGAGUUACAGCAUAUUUAUAAAAAUCUUCCGUUCUAGCCCAUAAUGCAGCACCACGCCAUGCAU